GAUGUGACACAUUCCCAUAACAGUUGUGGUAUUCUAUUGCACAAUAUCACUAGGAACGUGUUUGUGUUUGUCAGACAAUUUAGACCAGCCGUUUUGAUGCACGAUGUUGGCAUGAAACUGCUCUCUGUCAAUGGAGAAACAUGCGUAAAUAUUGAACAUGAUACACUGCAGAGAGGUUUCACUGUGGAAUUAUGUGCUGGAAUUAUUGAUAAGAAAGAUAAAUCAGUAGAGGAAACUGCUGCAUUAGAAGUUUUGGAGGAAUGUGGAUACAGAAUAAAUUUUAAAGACCUUGAACCAAUUUCAUCAACAAGGUUGCCACUGAAUCUUGGUACACUGCAAAGUAUGUUUUACAUUAAAGUUACAGAUGACAUGAAAGUAGAUGGGUAUGGAGGAGGAAAUGAAGAGGAGGGCGAGUUAAUACAAGUUGUUGAAGUCAAAGUCGAAGAUGUGUUAAAAUCUGUAUUUGAUGAUCAAUUACCUAGACCUGUUGGCUGGACGUUUGCCAUUGUGUGGUUUUGCUAUACUAAA